AUAAGACUCUCUCUCUCUCUCUCUCUCUCUCUCUCUCUCUCUCUAUAAACAAUUUGUUCUCUUAAUUGUUUUCCUUUUCUUCUAACUAGCUAGCCAUGUCUGAGGUAGGCGAACAUGAGAACUUUGUAUGGGAAUCCCAAUCGUGGGCUUUUGCGAAUUCAGAUAAUUCUGGAUCCGGUGGGAAGCCACCGGAUUUGGAGUCUAAUACUCAGACCCCGACGGGGAAGGAAGUGGAGGCGGUGCAGGCGGCGACGGGUGGGAAGAAAAGGAGUGUGGGUGGGAAGAAGAAAGGAAAGGGGAGUGGUGGCGGCGGCGACGAGGAGGGGAAUGAAGGAAAAAGUGGCGGCGAGUCAGAUCAUGAGAUACAUAUAUGGACAGAGAGAGAAAGGAGGAAGAAGAUGAGGAACAUGUUUUCUAAUCUUCAUGCUUUGCUUCCUCAACUCCCUCCUAAGGCAGACAAGUCUACAAUAGUUGAUGAAGCCGUGAACUACAUAAGAACCCUGCAACAAACUCUUCAAAAGCUUCAAAGAAAAAAGCUCGAAAGGCUCCACGGAGUUACACCCAUCAAUUACGAACCAUCUGUAGUCACCCCGCAGAAGCUAGCUAUUGACUCGAGGGAAGCGUUCAUAGCCGAUCAAGUUUCUUCAAGUAAUUUGGCCAAUACUAGUACUCCCGCAAACUCAAACUCUUCCAACUCAGUUCUACCGUUGGUCUCCCGGUUUCCUCCUAUCUUUCAAACAUGGACUUCCCAAAAUGUCGUUCUGAAUGUGUGCGGUGAGCAAGCACAGAUCAACAUUUGCGCGCCAAAGAAACCAGGGCUUUUCACAGCCAUAUGUUAUGUGCUGGAGAAGCACAAAAUAGAUGUGGUAUCUGCUCAUGUUUCCUCGGAUCAGAACUGGACCAUGCUCAUGAUACAAGCUCGUGCUAGGAUAGCUCAUGAUCAGCUUCCUGAGGCAUUCCCAGUGGAAGAAAUAUACAAGCAAGCAGCAGGAGAGAUAAUGCAGUGGCUCUCCUCCUGAAAAAUUCAACUCACAAGAUAAUGCUAGCUAGCUGGUUCUUUUUCCUUUUCCCCAAAAGUUUGUCCCAAAUUUGUAAGAUAUAUAUAUAUAUAUAGUCAAAUCAGCAUUCUAGCUGGCUAGGUAGUUUGUGUCUUUGACAAUUUCCUCAUCAAUGUGUUACAAGCUGGCUUCAGUGGUUCAAAUA